CACCCACUUAGUGCUUGCAUGACUGGUGCUCCGUGAGCCCUGUCAGCGGCCUCGAGGUUUCAUUCAUCUCCGCUUUGCCGAAGUUUAAGAAUGAUUUAAAAGCUUCGAAUCACAUCGCUUGCAGAGUGAGUAAGCUGGUUUUCGGGAACGAAGAUGGGGUCUGCAUCAUCUAAAAGAAAGAAGAAAGUUGUCAUCACCUCAACGGCAGCAAGAGGACUUCACAAGGAUGCAACUUAUGGACAAAGCUUCCAUCAACAAGAAGACGACACCAGAACGCGUCAAUCAGCCCAAAAUAUGCAAUCAGAGGGAGGAAGCGGUCAAUCACUUUUAAUUAGCUCAAAACCUAUCGAGCCAGAGAGGGCAGGCAUAGAACGUCAUCCACCAGUCAAACAGCAUAGCCAAUUACAAAGCGCAGCGAUAACUAAUCAACCACAAGCCUCGAGUCCAAGUGAGGAUUGUGUAGUAAAUGAGGAUCAAGAACAAACAAAGGGAUCUAUUGAUGUAGAAGAGGCGCCUGAGAUUCAGGAGAAUGUUCACCAAGUUGAGACCUCUCUUCCCCAAGAGGUACACGAGGAAAGCUCAGAUGAAGACAAAGAAAUAAAACAGGAAGACCAUGACAAGCCAGACCCAUUAUCCUUUGAAGAAAAAGUAGAGAAGGGAUUAAAUGGAGAGUUUGACUUUCAGAUUCCUGGUAAAGCAAAGAUCGUUCGUAUUUUCACGAGCUCCACAUUUACAGACACAUCCGUAGAGCGCAACACUUUGAUGGAGCGAAUCUACCCGCGCAUCAAACAGUUCUGCCAACAGCACGGAUACGAGUUUCAGGUCGUGGACAUGAGAUGGGGAGUGCGUGAUGAGUCUACAGAUGAUCACCUGACCUCAGAGUUGUGUAUGAGAGAACUACGCGCAUGUCAAGAGCUAUCCACGGGACCGAACUUCAUUACCUUUCUGGGUCAGAAAUACGGAUACCGUCCGUUUCCGCCAAAAAUUCCCGCCACAGAGUUUGAAAACCUUUUGAGUGCGGUCAGUAAUGUCGAAGAUCAGCAGCUUUUACGUCACUGGUUCCGUCGUGAUGACAACAUCGUUCCCGCCGAAUAUCUCCUUCAGCCAAUCACCGUCCUUCUCCCUGAUUACCGUAAUUAUAGCAACAAUGAGCUACGUAAGAAGGCUUCUGCAGAAUGGUGGGCAGCUUUUGAGAGAAUGCAAGUGGUGUUCAGGGAAGCCGCUGACAAGGCGUUGGAAAAACGAGAGAGAAAGAAGUACUACAUGUCUGUGACAGAAGACGAGAUACGUAGAGGCAUCGUGAAUGCUUCCAAUCCCGGUAUGCACUGCUUCUGGUUCAGGCGCGUCAUCACAGAUCUAUUGGACAAUAUCACAGGCCAGAGCGCGAGCAAAUUCAUCGAUAAGACAUGGGGCCCGGACGGUAAAAUCGACAUGGAGGCCUAUCGCCUGCUUAGUCACUUCCGAGAGAAGAUUCUUCCAAAAGCGUUACCGAGCUCAAAUGUCAAGCAAUUUGACGUCAAAUGGGCAGAAAAUGGAAUCGACCCGAGCGAGUCUGAGGAGCAUGCACAGUAUAUUGAGGAACUGUGCACGUCGUUUUACGAAACUCUAACGGGUAUGAUUGGAAAAGCCGUGAGCGAGAGGGCGGAAGUAGAGGUGAAAGACCCCUUGGCGGAAGAAGUGUUCAGUCACCUAACGUUUUGUCUGAAGAAAUGCGAAGCAUUCCACGGUCGGGAGGAGUUUCUAGAUUCUGUCAAACAAGCUCUGUUGUCAAAUGGCCAGAGGAUUACAGUCUUAUACGGAGAGUCUGGGUGUGGAAAGACAUCGAUCAUGGCAAAGAUAUGUGCUCUCGUCAAGGAAUGGCUUAGGAAGGAAGCCGUUGCAGUGGUCCCUCGGUUUGUUGGAAUAUCCCCGGAUUCAUCGGGCAUACGUACGUUACUACGCAGCGUAUGCCAACAGCUGUGCCGAGUCUCUGGUGAAAAUGCUGACAACGUCCCUGAGGACAUGAAGAGUCUACGCGAAUAUUUUCCCGAGUGCCUCAAAAGCGCCGCCACAUGCAAAACAAUCGUGUUGCUGCUAGACUCUUUGGAUCAGCUGUCACCAGAUGACGGCGGGAGACAGCUGGAUUGGUUACCGAAGAGCCUGCCAGAUAAUAUCUACUUGGUGAUGUCUACUUUACCUGGGGAUGAAUACGAGUGCCUUCCAAACCUUGAGGCUAUACUACCUGACGCAUGCUUGAAAGAAGUGCCAAGUCUUCCGCUGGCAGAAGCAGACUCGAUACUCACUAACUUGCUCCAAGCUUCAAGAAAAUGUUUGACCGACUCUCAGAAACAAGCUGUACUCGAAGCCUUUCAACAAUGCCAACUCCCCCUGUACCUGAUGCUGGCAUUUGGUGAGGCGUGCAGAUGGAAAUCCUACACUCCCGAAGAUCAGAUCACCUUACCUCCCUCGGUAAAGGGGAUCAUAAACGCUCUCUUCGACCGCGUAGAAAGGGUCCACGGGAGAAUCCUCGUGAGCCACGCAUUAGGCUAUAUCACGGCAUCCAAGAACGGGCUGACAGAACCAGAACUUGAAGAUCUUCUCUCACUGGAUGACGAUGUCCUUAAUGAUGUCUAUCAGUACUGGACGCCGCCUAUCAGAAGGCUUCCCCCGUUGCUGUGGAUACGGAUUCGUGCCGACAUCAGUGAUUUCCUGAUCGAUAGAGGGGCAGACGAGACACGCGUCAUUUACUGGUACCAUCGCCAGUUCAUUGAAAUCGCCACUGAGAGAUACCUUGGUGAGCAGCAAUCAAUAAAGCUACACGCUAACAUGGCAGAGUAUUUCCUGGGCACAUGGAGCGAUGGCAAGAAAAAAACUUUCACUUCAAAGAAAGGGGAGACUAUGAGUAUGGACCGCUUUGUGUCAAGCCAGCCACUGAUGUUUGACGAAAAGUCUGAGAAACCCAUCUACAAUCUACGUAAGCUAAGUGAGCUACCCUACCACCUUGUUCUCUCUGCUCAACUAGAGAAACUUAAAGCAAACGCACUUUGCAACUUCAAAUUCCUUGUGACAAAGCUCAGGGCAAGAUCUCUCGAUGCAGUCCUCGAAGACUUUUCAAUGGCACUAGAUAGUUUCUCUGACGACACAGAGUUGGACGAAAUUGACAAGACUCUCCGAUUGUCAGCGGUUGCAUUAUCUACUGAUCCACGUCAGCUCGCGUCACAGCUCCUUGCUCGUCUUCUACCCCACCUUAACAACACCAAAGAAUUCCCGUACCUGAGUAAGCUAUUGGAGAGCGCCUAUGACAGCCCGGUUCCUUGCCUGAUCCCAAGCCGAAAGUGUCUAACUGCACCUGGUGGCACUCUAGUCUCCUCGUUAGCGAUAGACGAGAGUGGGAUUCAUUGCUGCGCCUUCAGCUGCGACGGAAAGACUUCGUAUGUCGGUAGCACAACCUCAGACGGCCUACUGCUUCAGAUAAUCAACAUUCAAACCGGAAAGCUUAUUCGAAAAAUGAAACUAACGGAUCCAUGGGAGAUGGUGUUUACGUGGUCAAUGGAGGGAAGCCGCAAGGAUAAAGACACUCUGCUGAUCAUGGGAUCCAAAUACAUAUUCAUGAUGAACACGAAAACGGGGAAAAUCACCAGAAGGUUCGAAGCGCUCGAAGAAGAGAGCCGCUACUCUCCAAUGCCACCUGUUACUUUUGCUGACGACGAAACACGGCUUGUUGCAAUAACGGACAAAAACAUGAAGAUAUGGACGGUGAAUGACGGAAACUUGCAGUACACCCUAACCAUCGGAGACAUCAACGUAGAUGAAGAGUAUGGCUCGGUUGAUGCCGUUAACGAGCUCGUAGUUUAUAGCACAAACACCAACGUCUUUACAGUCCUCGAUGUUCGUACUGGAAGGCAGGUUCGCAAGGUCGAGGUGUAUGCACAGGGUGAGGAAACCACUGUUAAAAGCGUGAAGAUAGGGGCUGGCGAGAAGGUGGUUGUCAUGCCUUCAUCGCUGAAAUCACUCAGGCUCUACAGUCUUAGAACUGGAGCGCUGUUGAAUGAAAUCGGAGAUUUCUCAAUGAAUCCCGGAUUGCAUCGCCUUCAACUGACGCCCGAUAGGGACAAGAUACUGAACAUUAUCCAGUUCGAGGUGAUGAUAACUGAUCUUGAGAGCGGACAUGUGAGGAGGACGUUAAAGAGCAAGUCCUUCGGUACGCUAGUUAUCCAUACCAACCUAUACACAAGAGAUGGAAGGUUUGCUUGCUCUAUAGGAAACGACAACAUCCUUCGCAUAUAUGACCUGAAGAAAGCUUUGGCAGAAGAUGAGCAAACCGGUCCAACUGACCCAAUGAUGAUGAAUGCUGCAGUCGCAUCGAUUGAUCGCAUCUAUGGUCUCUUCCCUAGUGUUGAUGGCAAACAUGCGAUUGGUUCCGGUACUGUACAAAACUCUUCCGAACUCUCCAUGUGGAACGUAGAGACCGGAGCCAAGGUUCGUUCACUAAAGCUUGUCGCAGAGAUGCCCCCUCAGGAGAUACGCAUGUGUAGUGAGACGAGAGGUGUUGGUUUCAUGCAUGAUGCAAAUCAAUUCCAUUACAAGGUGUACAACUUCAAGAAUGCUAAGAUAGAGCGUUGCUUACUGGGCAAGGCAUCAAAGAGAACGACUGCAUUCGGGGCCAUAGACGAGAGUCACGUGAUUGGCCUCUCAAGAGGAAGGCGAAAUCUUAAAGUAUGGGAUGUGAACAGUGGAAGGCUGGUGAAACAGUACAAGUUUGGUCAGAAGUACCCUUUUGAGGAGAUGCUUAUCAGCAAGAACAGAAGACGGGUCGUCUGCUCGCAGAUCAGCCUGCAGGUAGAACAUGAAGAUAAAACACUCACCUUGAUUGCCUUGGACACCGCAUCAGGAAACCACAGUAUCCUGGAAAUUCCUGGCGACCAGCUGUCCUUGGCUUUUUCUAGCAUUUCUCACGAUGGAAGGUACUUGGUAUGCUCGACGAAGGACUUCAAACCGAGAUUGUGGGAUCUUGAAGCGGUAAGGAUGUUACAUCAUCUGGAACAAGAAGAAUACCCAAUCAGCUAUGCCUCAGGGAUCUCUCUCCCUCUACGCCUUGCACUUACCGCACAAAGCGAUGGCGACAUCAACGCCUGGGACAUUGACACCGGUGUCAUCAAACACACGUUCAAAUGCGAGACCGUCGAUGUUAUAAUGGUGUCAAGUGACGGUUUCGUGGCCUACUCCAGGUACCGAUACCGCAUUAGCAACCUCGACGCCUGGGACCUUAGAAAUGGAACCAAGCUUGCAACUUUCACAUCGGAUUGGAAGCCUGAGAAGGUUGACAUCGUAGGUGAUACUAUUGUCCUUAAUCAGGCUGACAGCCCCAGCAUCCUGACACUUCAGCUUCACAUCCCAGGGUCAAGACGAGUAGCUAAGCCGUCAUCUUCGGAUGGAGUCAUCGAAGGUGUGUUUGAAAGUUGUCCGGACACGCCCUCGCCUGAUGAUGGCGAUGAGGACCCUGAUGAUGACGAAGACAAGACUGAUGUUCAGAAGUUUGAGUUCACCAAGAAGGCCAUGCACGUUAAGCCUAAUGUCAUCAUCGGAGGUGGCAACAUUGUGGAUGCGAAGAAUGUCUUCAUUUCAGAAUCAGUUUUCAAGCAAAACUUUCAAACCUAAAAUCUAUUUAAAAAAGGAUAAAGAUUUAGAAGAGUAAGGUGGAAAUGGGAUCCUCGGGGGCCAUCGAUAGAUUUGGACUAACGAGAUGCAAGGAGGACAAGGGGGGAGGGGAGAGAACGUCUCGCCACUUUAACACCUCUCGCCCGCAAGCUCUUAGAUUUCGUCCACGAGGUUGAGGCGCUGAAAGUAUGUUGUAUCGUUAAACGUAGGCUGUAUCAAUGUCACUGAUUUACAUUUUUGCUUUUUUUCUAUUGUUAAAAAUAAUAAUAAAUAAAAGAAUCAAAUAAAAAAGAUAAAGCAAAAUUAUCUUGUCUCUAUGUCUGGCCUUUCGUAAUAAUAAAACCAAUAAAAAAUUCUAUAUUCAAAAUAGUAAUCGAAUAAAAAUAUUACCUAUAAAAAUUGUGACUUUAUAUCAGAACCAAAAAAGAAUGAGUGGCAAUUAAAAAAAAGCCGAAAUUAGCAGUGGAAAAAACCGCUAGAAAACUUGCAUUGUUACGUGUCAUUUCCCCUCCUCCAAUGGAAAAAAACUUGUUCUUUACUCAUAAGUUUUAUUUACCUUUAUUCUACAUCCUCUAUUACUUUUUACUCAUUUAUCCUCUAUCACUUUUUAUUCAUUUUACUAGGCGUCGAACAUACAGCAUAUGGCAUGCUUAAACAUACCCGGAUAUUUUUGAAAACGGAAUAUAUUUUUCUCCGUAAUCAAAUCGCACUCUCUGUGACACAAGUUAAAAAACGAAAAAUAUCGAAUACGUGUAGACGUGCACCAUUUCACAAUUUAAUCAAACCAGUGUUUGGGACCUUGAAGACACUUUAGUUGUUGAGCUUGGGUUGUUUAACAAUAAAAUAUACAAUCGAAGUGACAUAUGAAAAGCUUCAUUCUUUAUGCUCGUUCUCAGCGGGAGUUACUUGUGUGAGUGGUGAUCUGACGUCACUCGUAACGCUAGCUUCCUCAUCUACCGUGACACCGUGGGCUUCUUUAGCUACAGCGAUUGUCUCUAGGGGCAGAGGAGUUCACACAAUCUAAGGCCAGAAACGGAUAAAAGAAUCAAGGUCCGAGAUGGGCUCGGGAAGCUCUAAGAAGAAGAGAAAAAGUCUGAGAAAGGCAGAAAAAAGAAAGCGUUCAAAGGAUAAAGGAUCUGUAUAGGUGACUGGUGCGCAUGCGUUGUCCGAUGAUGAAGACGUCAUGGUCGGUGCAAAUUAUAAAAA